AUGGACUCACCUCUUCUGCAGUCCGCUGUCCACCAGCCUGCCCGCGUGCGCGCCCACUCCACCUACCACGCCAACAACAUCCCCGCCCACGCUGCCGUCGACAAGCACGGUGCCAUCCACAAGCGCUCCAACACCGCCGACCGCAAUCGAUCCAUCUCGACGUCGCAGGCCGACCGCCUGUACCGCCUGGCCGCUGAGCAGAACGACCUCGACCAGCCCGACUUCACCCAAGACUCCAUUACACCCUCUGCCUUCGGCCUCCACCAGUGGAUCACGCCCCAGCACUCGCCCGAACCGCACGGCUUCGCAACAGAGCAAUCGAUCCAUCCCUUCCCGCAGUGGACCGCGCCUACCCCUCCACGAUCCGACUCGGGCAUCCCCAACGUGCCCAUUGACUCCAACGAGGAGCCUGUCACCUGUGCUCCAGACCUGACUUUUGACCAGCCAGCUUCAUCGGCGGAAAUGAGCUCGUUAGGCUUCCUCCUCCCAUCGCAAUACGGAACAGAACCUUACAGCUCGGAACCGAACAACUACACGAUGGAUCAAAACUACAUUCCACCCAUGCGCAUGACGCAACCGACUACCACGGCCGGCACAGCUGCGUAUGCACAAACGGCUUCAUCAAGCCCAGCUCUCUACCAAAGCCGGGGAUCCGAAUCGUCUGCCAGCCGACGGCAGUCUGAAAUGCCCGCCACGACGCAGGCUGGAGCUCCCUCAGGCCAAAGCUACGAUCAGAGCUACCGACGAGUGAGCAACCCGUACGACUCCAUGGCUGGCGGCAACUACUCCGUUGCGCCCAGCCAGACGAUACCUUCCAUCAGCGGUCUCACCCAGUCUCCACUGCCUUCACCACACAUGGGUCAAAGUUCUGGUGGGCAGAUGAUGCCACAAUACAACAAUGGUGGAGUUUCAAGAUCACCAAGCAUGUACGACUCCAAUGUAUAUGGACAACCUUAUACGACUGCGCCUGGCGCAACUCAACUCUACCCCACGAGCCAGAACAUGUCAUACCCACAACCAUACCCCAAUGGGAUGCCUGUCAACGACGGAAUGGCGAAGCAGCCCAUCGGCGACUCAUCAAUACGAGUACUGAACCAGCGACCGAAGCCCCAAUGCUGGGAACACGGAUGUAACGGCCGACAGUUUUCCACCUUCAGCAACUUGCUACGACACCAGAGAGAAAAGUCAGGAACGGCAGCAAAAUCAUACUGCCCCAAGUGCGGCGCAGAAUUCACCAGAACGACCGCCAGGAACGGACACCUGGCGCACGACAAGUGCACCAAACAACGUCGUCAAUCCGACGGCAAGUAA